UCCGGCUUCCUUGUUGACAGAAAAUAUAGUUCUUUUACUCUUGUUUUUGCCUUGAUCCAAGACCACUUUAAAACCACCUCUAUAAAAUCAAUUCUCGUGGUGGUUGUUUUCUACGAUUGUUGGGGAAUGAAGUUAAGCAUUUGAAGGUACAGUAUUUUCUCCGAGUCGAUCGUCAGUCAAUGCAUCGCUGUUAUGAAUGACAACAACAAGGGAAACACAGUUCAAAAAGGUGAUGAUAAAGUGCUGGACAAUAUACUGAACUUUGACCUCCAUGAACAUCCAAACAACCUGGCAGAAAGCAUUCGUGUUAUCAUAACAGCAUUGGAAUAUAUCUUAUACCUUCUUCAUAAACAAAGAACAGAGGAUGUUUCCAAAAAAAUUAGAGAUCUUAUAUCAAAAAGCUUGUGCCAUCUCAAGGAUAACCUUGAUGCUGUCAAGAAUAUCAAGAUUAAAGUUGUCGUGUUUGGACCACUAGGUCAAGGCAAAAGCUUUGUUUUAAACCAACUAUUCCGGCAUGGAAUGCCAGAUGAUUUUAACCUUUUACCAUCAGGUAAGGGAGAUUCCAAAACACCAAUUCCAGUCAAGGUCAAGUAUUCCCAGGAUGUUGACAUGACUUUGAGGUAUAAAGACAAAGAAGGCGGCCAUGAUAUAAUUGAAAGAUGUUUAUCCUGUUUAGGUGAUAUCGAUAUGGCUCAUCCAUUUACAGCAGAAACAGUAGCUGCUAUUCUUAACAAUAAGAAAUUCUAUAAAAAUGCCAAAUUCCUUGAUAUCCUCACCCCACUACCUGUUUUUGACCAUUUAAAACAUCUCCUGAAACAAAGGUGUUCUUAUCAAGAUAUUGAUGUACAGGUUGAGUUUGUGGAUUUGCCAGGACGUGGGGAUAGCAAUGGAGACUAUUUGAUUGGAAAUGAAAUCGAUCUUGCUGAUAUUAUUAUGAUUUUCAAGUCUAGCAGUUCUGGGCGUCCCUUUACCCAGGAUGACAUUUGUUCAGUGUUUCAAAGAAGAAGAGUGUUUGACUUUUCAAACCGACCAAUGUUCGUGUUUCUUUCUAAUGAAAAGAAUGAUGUAAACAGCAGCCUUGAUUCAACUCCUUUGGAUGUGGAGACAUUGAAGUUAAACAGAAAUAAGGAGCUGGAAAGGUCUUGGGAUAACCUGAUAAAAUGUAAGGAUGCCAAAGAAGAUUGUUAUAAAGCUGUCUAUGAACGACUUCCUCGGACAUCAACAGAUAAUCUUCUAGAAGUAUUCAAGAAAGAAAGCAGGGCAGUCAUUUUCAAGGCAACAGAUAAAGAUUUCGCUGAUUCUGUGGGCGAUAUCAUUUGUCAACAUGUCGACAAUGUGAGCAUUAAGAAAAAUGCACACUCAGUUGUCCAACGAGUAUUCACAUUGACAAAGAGGCUGCAAGCUGUGACUGAGCAUUUGAUUUUAAAGCAGAUGGAAAUUGCAGACAUCCAGGAUUCACGAAUUCCUCAAGCAACUUUCAGACCCUCUGAGAACUUGUCAUUUGAGGUAUCUAUUCCUCUUGACGGUGGUCUGACUCAUUGUCUCCCCAAACUAAACGACUUGUUAAAAGUGACAACUAUGGAAGAAGUUCAUUCAAAACUCAUUGGGGCUUUCAGAGAAGAUGUCAUGGCCCAACACUUGCUCAGAGUCCUCGAGAAUGCCUUACACAGGCAUUGGAAGAAGCUGAUCGCAGCAAAUCUAGAAAAGAACAAGCUUUGUUUCAAUGAGUCCAGCCAAAGUUUCCUGUUCUUGGCAGAAAUAGCAUGCAGCGGACUCGUGGCGAAAUUCCUGGUUGAUGAUGCAAAGAAGUUUGUUCUUAGUAAUAUUAGCCGCCUAGCGGGAAAACCACCCAAGAGAGGGAUGCGGGCACAAUGGGAAAGUACUGAUGAAGAGGAGAAAAACGUUGUGCUGACGGAUCACUGUCACUACCUCACUGGAGAACUUUCAAAGUCGUUUGAACAUGGUCAUCGUAGGGAGUCCCUACAACCUCUUCUUGAAAACUUGCAUGACACUGUGGAAGAUUUCUUCAAGGCAGGAGUACUACUCUGUGAUCAGAGAGUGCAUGGACGGGUCCUUUCAAAGAUUCGUGACAAGCUGGAAGAGAUAGCUGAUUUUACCCUAGACAAAGUGAGAGAAGUCAACCCGCAUCCAAACCUUAAAGAUCGUUGUCUCACUGCUAACAUGGACUUUCCUCAAUUGAAAAGCAUAAAAGCACUUGACAGGACACCUACUUUCAACCCCAGCAAGAUUUUCCGGAAUCUUUUCAACAUGAUUGAAAAGGAAGACGAAAGUUCACUGUGUGAACUGCGGAGAAAGCUAAAUCUUCCUGUUGGCUCGCUGGAUGUUCCAUAUCAAGAACUGAAUGAAUCUGAAUGGGUUAAAAUACUUGUGAGUGUAUUAUAUGAUCGCAGUUUUCAUCAUAUCGGUUUUGGUGAUCAUCACAUUCCUAAUGAUUCUCUUCAAGUUCCACUCGACAGUGUACGUAGGGAGCAGCUUGACGCAGCAAAACAGCAGCUGUUUGCCUAUCAGAAAUCCACAGCGGUGUGUAAGAUGGUAGAUGAUUCUUCCAUACCCAGAGAUACGAUCCAGACUGGAAUAAAUGAAACUCGUGAUGGAAUUGUUGCUCGUGUGAGUAAUGGUCUCAGAAAGGAGCUGAUCAAACUGAGCUCUCUGGGUGACGCAARCACAGACCUGGCCCCCAUCUUUAUCUUACCUACACGUAAGGGCGAGCCUGGAAACGUUUACUUGGAACAAGAGCCAUGCGCGUCAAAAGAUCAGAUUAAUGAAAGCACAGCUAAUAAUGAUAGCACGAUGCAAAUGCCGAGCACUGGACUUGAAGGCCACCAAACCAGCAUAUUCUAUGUUGUCGAACCAGGUCAUUUGGAAAAUUCGAAAUCCUUGGUUGCAUCGAAGCCUUUGCCUCCAAACAGCAAAAUCACUUUUCGAUACGUUUUGCUUCCACAGGAUGACCGCUGUCAGGGCUUUGCACGAUCCAUUGUCAAGAUACUUGCUGAGUGCCUUGGUCUACCAUUUUACUGGGUCAUCGAAGAUGAUGUGCAAACUCUAACAGAGUUUGAAAGAAACUCCUUUGAAUGGGUAAAGAGUUCGUUUGCAAGAUGUUUACUUCAUGGACAGCGGGUUCUUCAAGACUGCCUUGAUAAGACAGUAAACGAUCUAGAUGAAAGGAAAAGAUUUAGGGAGUACAGAGUUGAUCUAGAGAGUACCUUUCCAGAGUGGGCCGAAGAAGGUAAAACAGUAGCAGCUCGGCUGAUGGUCGACGGUGAAACACACAGGAAAUUAAGGAACAACAUUGCAUGUAUAAACAAAGAAUUCGAGAAAGAUUGUGACAUGCAGAAAGACUGUUGCGGAGAUCCACUGAAAGAGAAAGAAUGGCUUGAAGCCCAAAGGAAGUGCACUGAGAAAUUCAAACAGUACAUAUUCAAAGAUAACUACAAGCGGAUUGCUGGUGUUUCUAUCAGGCACACGGGAGGACCUGGAUGUUCGUUCAACUACAUAUCAUUCUUUAAGGGAAACCAUUACAGGCGAGACACAAGCAGGCGUUUCAAACAUUACAAGAUUGUUUUGCACAAUACAGAUGCGCUAAAGGGAUUUAACUAUCUUCCUGAUUCAGUUGUCUUAAGUGAUGAUGGCCAGAAUGGUAAAGCUGGUAGCUGUUCAGCGUACAAAGACAUUAGAUGGGAGGAAAGCCUUGUACAAGCACUUGACUUCUAUGGUAUUUACAGCUACGAGACUCUUCAUAUCGAAAGUACAACACAUAGCUGAACAAUUAACUUUACUAUUAUACCAAUUUUAAGCCCAAUGUUGGCAUAACUCUAGACAUUGUAAUUCCAUCGAAUAAUAGGCAAUGUGCAGCAAUGCCCUUUUCUUUUCCUCUGAAGUCUCUGAACAAGMCCUUCUAAACUCCCUUUACUUUGGUAUCAAUCCAAGUAGUUCUGGCGUUUUAGGGAGAUUUUUAGGAGCUAUUAAAAGUACGAGGACUACAACUCCAAUGCAAAAUCACAUUGCUGCAUACUAUAUACUGAGAUUUUUAACRGAUUUUUAAUUGCUUUUAAUUUUCUAGCAUUUUGACAUUUCUAGGGAAGUUUUUAACAUAACUUUAAAACUGUCAGCUAGUAUAACUAGUUUUUAUAAAGUUUAAUACUUUUUAAAAGAGACUUAGUUUGAACGUCUUUAAAGAUGUUCUAGUGACAAUAAUAUAUACUACAACGCAACAUAAGCUUCUCAAUCCCUUCUUUGUAAUUAUCUUGGCCUAAUUCUUAUAAAGCGUAUAAUAGAUCUUGAAAACAUA